AUGUCUAUGACAACAACAACAACAUAUGCUCAAUCCUUAUUACAAAAAAUGUCAUCAAAUGAUAAAGAUUUACGUUUUCAAGCAGUAACAAAUUUAAUGAAUGAUGUACGACAACAAUCAUUUAAAUUAGAUGAUGAUAGUGAAUAUCAUGUGGUCCAAAGUGUUUUAAAAUUAUUAGAUGAUACAAAUAGUGAAGUACCAAAUCAAGUUGUUCAAUGUGUUGGACCAUUAUUAUAUAAGGUAAACGGACUAUCAUUUAAAAUAAUAUCUGAUGCAUUAUGUUCAACUUUCACAAAUAUGUCAAAAGAUACCGAAAAAUUGCAUGAUAUGAAAGUUACAAGUUUAAAAACAAUUUUGGCAUCAUUUCUACAACAACAGCAUGCAGAAAAUAUCUUUAAUCCACCAAAUAUACUUAUGAAUCAUUUAGUAACAGUUAUUGCUGAAAGUUCAAGAACAAAAGCGAAUAGAUCAACUGGAAGAUUACACAAUGCUGGGCAUGGUGAAAUAGAAAUUCUAGAUCUUAUUCGUGAUACACUAUCAGCAACACCAGAUGCUCGAUACAAAUUUAAUCUUUGUCAUAUACCAUUAAUAAGAAUUUUAAGAAAAAAUCUAGCAUCACCACGAGCAGAUAUUCGACAAAGAGUACCAACACUAAUCAAGUAUUUAUAUAUGGAAGUAACUAUAUUUAUAAUGAGAAACUUUAAUUCUAGAAUGAUUCCUUGUUACGGACAAAAAAUCUGUGUUUGCAGCAAAGUGUAUCAAAACAUUAUGCGUACACAAUGA